AUGGAGCGUGGCCUAGCGAUGACCUCCACCAGCUCCCUCGGCACCCACAGCUCAGUCUGGGUGUCGGGAGCAGCAUGUGAGGACACCAUCGCCGCUGCAGCGGGGCCGCUCUCCUCGCGGGGAGUCCUCCCUUACCCGCGCAAAGCGCCUCCUCUGCACGCCCCGCCGGCCAGCGCUGGGGGGCGCUGGCGCUCCCGGGGGGCGCUUAAAGAGCCCGCGGGGCUGCGUCACCGCCCGCGCGGCGCCCGCCUCUCCGCUGGCCCCAAAGGCGACAACAUCUACGAAUGGAGAUCGACCAUUCUAGGACCUCCGGGUUCUGUCUAUGAGGGAGGUGUUUUCUUCCUUGACAUCACAUUUACACCAGAGUACCCUUUCAAGCCUCCAAAGGUGACAUUUCGGACAAGAAUCUACCACUGUAAUAUUAACAGCCAAGGCGUCAUCUGCCUGGACAUUUUAAAAGACAACUGGAGUCCAGCAUUAACCAUUUCUAAAGUCCUCCUCUCCAUCUGCUCCCUCCUCACAGACUGCAACCCAGCUGACCCCCUGGUUGGAAGCAUUGCCACUCAGUACAUGACUAACAGAGCAGAGCAUGACAGAAUGGCCAGACAGUGGACCAAGAGAUACGCCACAUAAACGCACUGGGGUUUGUCUCUUGUCGACCUCUUACGUUAUUUGUCUGUGAUGAAAAGAGCUGCUUAUGAUUUUGAAGGUGUGGGGGGAGGGAGGGUGUGCUGGUAAAGAGUUAGGGUAUUUCUAUAACAGAUUUUAUUCAGUCUUUUGUUUCCUCAGACUCUGUUGUUGUAACUUAAGGUAUCUUGCUACAGUAGACAGCUAGGGUUGGGAGUAGCCUAUUUUAAGACUGUAAUUAGCUCAGCAACAUUAGCUCACGUAUAGAACCCAGAGGAAUGUAAACUUCUUAGACUUCUUUGGUUUUUCACUUUGCUUGCAAUAUGUAAAAGAUUAAAGCAGCUUCAUUUUGUACAGGUGCAGAUGUUGGCAUUUAUGUAAGAAUCCCUUCAAGACUACACAGUUUGGGCUUUUUGUCUGGGGAUAGAGUGGGGGGGUGGUAUUUUAUUGUCUGGUGGGUUCCUCUCUUCCCC